AUGGUCAGAAUCAUCACCAAAACAAUCCUUCGCUCCGAAGUCCAGACAAAACCAACAAGGGCGAGCUGUACUGGGACAGUUUACACACGCCAGUGUUUACGUGUUGAAAGUUCAUUGGUGACCUUCGUUCAGAUCAGAAUAAAAAUGGCGACCACAAGCAGGCACACAAAACCUCUCUUCUUCCUCGGACUUCUCAUGUCUUCAAUCCCAGCAUGCAAAGGCAUGUUCCUGGAGAGACCUGAAGCAAACGUUUUCCUUCAUCGUACCCGUCGGGCCAAUUUUCUUUUCGAGGAGCUUAAACAAGGAAACUUAGAGCGUGAAUGUUUGGAGGAGAAAUGCUCCUAUGAGGAGGCCAAGGAGAUCUUCGCUUUGCCGCAGCAGCUGGAGGUUUUCUGGAGGAUGUACACGGCCGUGGAUCACUGCCUGUCAUCUCCCUGUAAGAAUGGCGGCACCUGCACUCGCCAGAUGAACACCUUCGUGUGCAAAUGUCGGUCUGGAUUCCAUGGAUCCACCUGCGACAAAGUGCGCGUGACUUCUGUGGGAUGUCGCUACAGAAAUGGAGGAUGUGAACAUUUCUGCAGAGACCUUCCUGACCGGACACGCACUUGCUUCUGCACUACAGGCUACAGUUUGGGUCAGGACAACAGCACGUGUAUACCCCAAGAUGCAGUCUCCUGUGGAAGACCAAUGACCCAUUUUGGCCCGAGAGUUGUCAAUGGUGAGAUCUGUCCUAAAGGACAAUGUCCCUGGCAGGCUCUCCUGACUGAGAACCAUGCCUAUGCCUGUGGUGCCAUUGUUCUAUCCACUCACUGGAUUCUAACUGCAGCUCACUGCGUGUGGAGGAAACCAAGCAGCAUCUUCCAUGUCAUCGUGGGCGAACAUGACCUGGAGGUAGACGAGAAGACGGAGCAAAAGCGACGAGUAUCCAAAGUCCUGAUCCACCGUGGCUACAACAACUCCAGCUAUGAUAGCGACCUAGCGAUGCUGAAGCUUCAUCGUCCUGUCAAACUGGGACUCUAUGUUGUUCCUAUUUGUCUAGCGGCUAAGAACAGCUCUUUCAGCCGCAUGCUAGCAGCUGUGAGACACAACACCGUGUCAGGGUGGGGUCGCCUGGCCCAGCACGGCUCCACUGCCAGAUUGCUGCAGCGCUUGGCACUACCACGUGUGCCACUACAGGAGUGCCGCCUGCACACCAGACUCAACAUCACCCGGAACAUGCUUUGUGCCGGGCUGCAGAAUGGCGGCCAGGAUGCAUGCAAGGGCGAUAGUGGUGGCCCUCUAGUGACGCGCUACAAGAAAACCUGGUUUCUGACCGGUGUGGUGAGUUGGGGUAAAGGGUGCGCCGGGAGGAACCUGUACGGUGUUUACACCAGAGUCAGCAACUUCCUGGACUGGAUACAACAUACCAUGUCCAGAGGGUGAAAGCAGGAAUACCCUUGCAAAUCUACGACACGUUAUUUACUUUCACUUGUUGAGGUUGUUUCAUUAGAGGGAAUAAAAAAGGACAAAGAC